GUGUCCGUGGGCUGGCAGCUGCUGCAGACGCUGGAGCUCUGCCAGGGCGUCCGUGCACGAAUCGUCUCCGUGUGCAGCCAGGGAGCCAGCCUGGUGUGGUGUGAGGAGAGGCCUCCCCUGGAUGCCCACCUGGACGUGAGCAAGUGUGCCUUCAGGUUCUGUGUCUGCACCCGGGCUCUGGAGGUGGGGGAGCAAGGCGUGCGGCUGGGCGCCGUAAGGAUAGUCCUGCACAACAGCCCUGAGUACCAGGUCCUGGCCUCCCCCCAGCACAUCUUCCUGGUGCCUGCCACUGCCAGCUUUGCCACCACUUCCAAAUUUCUCCUCAUUUGGCACCCUGAGAAGGCAACGCUCACCAUCACAGCCCCCUCUGCAGGCUUUGUCCACAGCAAGCUGCUGCGUUCCAGCAGUGAGUCAGACUUCAGGAGGCUCCUGCUUGGCUCUGUGGGUCUUCUCUCAGGUUUGGCACCUCUGGACAUUCGCACCUCCGCUGUGUCCAACAGUGGGGGUCUUCUGCUGGUGAGCACGAAGGGUGCUGUGAACAUUGUGGAGCCAGAUGGGACACAGAGGCAUAUCUUCGACCUGGAAGGGGGGCCCCUGGCCCAAGGAAGUCCUGUCCAGCUGAAGACCUUUGGCAGCAUCCUGGCCUGCAUGCUGGCUGGGGUCCUGUACCUCAUCGACCAGAAUAGUGGAAGACUCAUAGAAAAGAAAAUCCUGAGCAUGAAAGAGGUGCAUUUCCUGGAGUCCCUGGGAGAGGAGGACAGCAUCCAGCUCCUCACACAGACCGGCAUCUACAGCUUUAGCUUCUCCAAACCUGAGGACAGCAGCAGCCCUGAGCCGUGCCUGGUGGAGAUGGUGUUUGAGGAGGCCUGCAGAUACUACCAGAGGAGGAGCCUCAGCAGCUCCAAGCUGACAGUGGAAAAGUUGAAGAAAGGUGGUGUGUUCCAGGCUCCUGUGGCCCUCACUGCCAUCCUGCAGCACAGCCUCCACCAGAAGCAGAAACCAGCCCGAGGCCUCCAAGACACUUACACCAAGCUGUUGAGCACAAUGAGCCUGGAGCUGCAGAGCUAUAGGAGCCUGGAGCUCCUCAAGACCUGCGUGGUAUAUGCCCCAGAGAGUGAGGUGGAAAGCUACUGCGAGGAACUGGUGGAACAGGAGGUCAGCCGCAUUCUGCACUCUGACAUAGACAAGGACAACUUGGCCUACCUGAACUCUAUCUUUGCCUCCUUCCCCAGUGCUGCCUGGAAGGCCACGAGGAGCUGCCUGCAGCUGCAGCAGAACGGGGAUGGCCUCUUGGUAGCGAGGGCCACCCCGGAGGUGUGGAAGAAGGUCCUGGGAGGGCCGCAGCAGGAGGAGAUGGGUCAGAAUGGGGUGGUCCCGCUCUUUGAGCUCAUCUGCGCUUCCUUCCUGAGAUUCAAACCCAAGUGGCUGCCCAGUUUUGUGGAGCUGACCCAGCAGUACGUUAGCAUCUCUUGGGCAUACAGCAGCAAGGAGGGCCCAGAGGGCCGUGUGCCGCUGUACAAGAGAGCACUGGGAGUACUGGCCAGGAAGAACAAGCGCAGUGAGGCAGAUGAUGAGAUGGAGCUUGAACUGCUGCUCUGCAGCAAGAGGCCUAAGGCUGUGCUGCAAGCUCUGCACCUUCUCAUCCACCUGAAGCGGUGGCAGCGGGUGGUGGAGGUGGCAGAGAAGUUCUCCAAGUUCAGCCCCUUGCUUAACAAGGAAAUAUUCACCACGCUGCUGGCAGAGUUUGCCCAGCAUCGGGAGCUGGACCCUUAUCUGGACACGCUGUGGCCACUGUGCCCUGCUGAGCUCACCGCCUCAGACAUCCUCACCGUGGUCCUGCAGCACCUCCCUUGCUCCCAGGAGGACCCAGUGCCCUUCUCCAGCGAGGGGAACCAGCUGACUGUAGGCUUGCUCAAGCCGCUACUGCAAAGGGUUGUGCAGCGUCCCUGCGUCCAGGACGAGAUGUACUCAGAUGCCUUGCAGAGCCCCAUCUUCCCCCCUCCUACCCCACCCCGAGAGUCCAAGAUCCCCUCAAAAGCAGCGUCCGAUGAUGCCCCUCAGCCACCCAUGGCAAGGACUUCCUCCCCCUCGGCACUGGUACAGGGUGACACUGCAUGAAGGGGGGAAGCACAACAGGAUCCUAAGCCUUGGGUGCACAAGGAGGGGAAAGCUGCAUCCACCCCAGGAAAUCCUGCCCUGCCUGGCAGUAUGGAAGCCUGGUCCUUUCUGAAGCCUCCCUUGCAGUAGCAUCUCACAGGGUCUGUUGGGUGGCCAGGGUUGGGGGAUCUCAUCUGAAGCCAGGGCAGGCUUUCUGGCUAUUUCUAACAAGUGCAAUUGCAUGUGCCCCAGUGGAGGAGCAAGCGCUGGGUGUGUUUGCAGGUGAAAGCGCUGGCUGCACUACAGCCCAAAGCACUUUGCUCCCUGCCCG